CGGACUUGCCUCAUCAUUGCCCCGGCAUCUUCACCGUGCAGCAGCUCUCUCUCAUCAAUCAUCCCUGUGUAAGGGCGGGCAGGGCGUGAUGACGUGCAGCGACAGGGUGAUGGCCUCUGGCGUGCAGUGCAUUGCGCUGGACUGACGAACGAAGUGUUUGAAAGAAUUGUUUGGCCAACAAGUCAAGGUCAAGAAUGGGGCAAUAAUCGCCGUGACCAAGGAACCCCCCGCGACAAAUAUCGCGUGUUACUCUUCAGUGAUGUCAGAAUGCGCUGUGCUGUCUGUCCACGCCGCCACCCACGGCAGAACAAACAACAAAAGGCCGCGAUGCAAUCAGGAACCAAUAUAUUCGUUCCUGAAUGCCUCAAGGCACACACAGCCGGCGACAUAUCAUGAAGCGUUUUUUUAUACUCUUUCGUUCGCUCUCUUACCAUUGGCAUCUCCUCCCCUCAGGAUCUCUGCCCUCCCUUCCUCUUCGGAUAGCCGCUACUAAACAGGCAGAAGAAAGCUCUCGAGGCAUCAUCCCGUUACCAUCAUGGCCGACCAGCAGGCAAAGACACCUGGGGGCGGCGACGACGACGAAUCGCAUCUCCCGCCUCAGGAGCGCAAGUCGGUCGUCAACGUCCCCGUGACGCCAGACAUCCGCCGAGACACCUACAGCGACCGGCAACAGCGGCGACGGUUGCGGCAUACAGAAAAGCCGGACCGAUUGCACGCGCAGGGCGGCUACUUUCCGGUGCAGCAGCAACAACAAGAAGCGGCGGCCGUCGUCGCCGCUGGCACACGUCGGCAGCGCACGCCGGAUCAUCUCACGGCCGGCAAUCAUGGCGUGUCACACCGUCGUCGACAGCAGCAGCAGCAGGGUGAUGAUGAUGGCGGCCCCCCCUCCUCGCUUCCCAAGCGGGUUAUAUCUGCGACCUUGACCGUGCCGCAGGUGGUGCAGUACGACAAGGACGGACAGUGGAAGAUAAAAGAUCGCGGCCAUCGUUCCACGCUGCUCAACUCCUUCGCCUACCUCUCCUCGGACCAAUGUCCGGUCGAGCACACCGUCAUCGCCUGGACGGGAGAGAUUGUCCAGGACCAGGCCUCCUACAAGGCGGCUUCUCCGUCGCCCAUCAACAAUGCAUCGCCUGUUCCGCCGCCGGCAGGCACAGCUCGAGUCAAACCCGAGGGGGAGACGACGACGACCACCACCACCACCACCACCACCACCACCACCAGCGCCGAGACGAUUAUAUCGCGCCGUGAAGCGAAGCAGCUCGAGGAUAUCCUGUACAACGACCCCGUGCGCACGAUCCCCAUCUGGCUCACCGAUGAUGACAACAACAACAACAACGACGACGACGACGACGACGAUGGAGGAGGUGAUGGAGGUGGCGUGACCUCGGACGGCGACGGCGGCAACGGCGGAAGCAUCAAGCUCGACAGGCAAUCCCGCUGGCGCGCCUUCGCCGAGCACGACAUGUUCGCCCUCUUCCACUACAAGCAGCGCACGCCCACCGCCGGCCGGCAAGAAGACGAGCGCUGGGACGACUACCGCCGCAUGAACGAGGCCUUUGCCGACAAGAUAUGUUGCGAGUACCAGCAACGCCAACACCAACACCACCACGGCGGCGACAACGACAUCGACGACGAUGACAAUGAAAAUGAUGAUGAUACAGUCGUCAUGGUGCACGACUACCACCUCGCCCUCGUCCCCGCGCUGCUGCGCCAGCGCAUGCCACACAUCAAAGUGUCCUUUUACCUGGCGUCCCCGUUCCCGACCAGCGAGCUCGUGCGCUGCCUGCAUCGACGGGCGGAAAUCCUCGAGGGCAUGCUGGGCGCCGACGUCGUCGCCUUCCAGGCGCGGCACUACGCGCAGCACUUUGCCAACUCGUGCGCCCGCAUCCUCGGCCUCGACGACGCCACGAGCGAGCGCAUCGUCAUCCCCCCCAACAAAGGCAAAGGCGAAGGCGAACAAGGGAGGAGGAGAACCGUCGCCAUCGCCGUGCUCCCGCAGGGCAUCGACGUCGAAAGCGUCACGUCCCUAGCCUUCACCGCCGACGUCGACGCCAAAUGCAAAGAACUACGAUCACUCUACGGCCAGAGCAGGAAACUCAUCUUCGGCUGCGACCCCCCCGACAGCCUCGGCGGCGUCGACAAGAAACUCCAAGCCUUUGCGCGAUUCCUCGACACCCACCCCGAGGAGUGGAAAGACAACGUCGUCCUCGUGCAGACGCACAGCCGCCCCGCCGCCGUCGCCGCCGAACACGCCGACCAACAAGACGCCGACGAGGCCAAGUACACCCACCGGGUCAACGAGCUCGUCAGCGCCGUCAACCAGGCCCACGGCUCCCUGGGCUUCGCGCCCGUGAGCAUGCACGCGCAGAAGAACCUCUCCCACGACGAGUACUUUGCGCUGCUGCGCGUGAGCGACGCGGCGCUCAUCACCAGCGCGCGCGAGGGCAUGAGCACCACGGGGCUCGAGUACGUGGUCUGCCAGCAGCGGCGUCAUGAUGAUGGUGAUGACGACCAUGACGAUGACCAUGGCAACGACGAAAACCAUGAUGGCGGCGGCAGCAGCAGCAUGCCGCACGGACAGCUCAUCAUCUCCGAGUUCAGCGGCACGGCGAGCACUCUGGACGAGGCCCUGCACAUCAACCCGUGGGACGUGGCCGGCGUGGCGGAGCGCAUCAAUGAGGCGCUCACCAUGUCGGCGGAGCGGCGCCGCGAGGUGCACGAGGCCUUAUACGAGCGCAUCAGGGAGAGAGAUGUCAAGUCCUGGGUCGACGACAUGUUGCGCCUGCUAGUAGCAGCACCCGCCGUGUUGACGACGAGUUGCGCCUCCUAGUAGUAGCACCCGCCGUCUCGACACAGGC